AUGUGUGAUGUUUAUUCCAGCAUGAACAUCAAGGUUUCCGUUAUCGCUUGCGUUUUGAUGGUGGUAGCUGGUGAGCCACCUGUACACCAUGCUCCACCUGUCUAUCAUACACCCCACCACCAACCUCAUUACCCUGAGGUUCCUCCCAAAUACGCCUUCAACUAUGCCGUGGUUGAUCACUACUCAGGCGCCAACUUCGGUCACUCAGAGACCCGCGACGGUUACAAGACCGAAGGUACCUACAACGUGGACCUUCCCGACGGCCGCAAGCAAACUGUCAACUACGCAGACAACGGCGGCGGUCUGGAAGCUGUGGUGAACUAUGAUGGUGAAGCGAAGUACCCAGAGUACAAGCCUGUGUAUAAACCAGAGUACAAGCCACAGUAUGAGCCUGAGUACAAGCCACAGUAUGAGCCUGAGUACAAGCCACAGUAUGAGCCUGAGUACAAGCCACAGUAUGAGCCUGAGUACAAGCCACAGUAUGAACCUGAGUACAAGCCACACUAUGAGCCUGAGUACAAGCCUGAAGAUGAGUCUAUCUACCCAACCCACCCAACAUCCUACCCACCCCCACCACACUUUAAGUAA